AUGGGCUCCUCACGCUCGCUCCGACGCCUUGCCGUCGCCCUCCUCACCUCCACAGCCCUCGCCCAAGACAAGGCCGAGGUCCUGUCCAAAUGCCUCGACAAAGCUGGUGUCCGCAAUAUUAUCGAGUCUGAUAGCACGUGGAGCACAGAGGCGGUGCAGUUCCAGAAGAGGCUUACACCUUCACCUGCAGCCAUCGCCUUCCCCGAGUCUCGCGAUGAAGUCGCCUCCGCACUUCAGUGUGCGCGCGACGCCGGGGUCAAGCCCAAUGCUCUUGGAGCUGGUCACUCUUUCACUGGCUUUAGCUUGUCGAAUCCUGGUCACUUGGUCAUCAACAUGGCUGCGUUUGACGAUCUCAGCUUCGAUACCAAGACUAACAUCUUGACCUUUGGGGGCGGCACUCAUGUUGGACCAACUGCAAAGUACCUCUGGGAUGAACACAAGCGUCACGUGCCCCACGUGAGAGGCGCGCACGUGGGAGUCACUGGAUCAAGCAUUGGAGGAGGUUUCGGUACUACGUCUCGUUACCUGGGCACCCCCAUGGACAACCUGGUUGAGGUUGAGUACAUGCUCUACAACGGAACCAUCGUCAAGGCAGGCAAGGGCUCUGACCUUCUCUGGGCCGCUCAGGGUGCUGGAGCUUCUUUCGGUAUCAUCCUCAGCUCAAAGACCAAGACCUACAAGCCUGUUUACGACAAGGCCAUCAACUUCACUUUGUCCAUCGGAAGCGUCAGCCCCGAGAACGGUGCAAAGGCCCUCGUCGCUAUUCAGGACUACGCUACCAGCAAGCAGUGUCCUGAUGAGUUUGCUUUCCGAUGGAACAUGUUGGCUCCUCCCUAUGAUGGCACUGGAUACUUCUACGGCAACCCAGACAAGUUCGACGACGUUGUGUCCCCUCUGGUGGCCAAGUUGAAGGCCAUUGACGGCGCCAAAUUCUCUCUCAAUAAAACAGUCCUUCCCUGGUGGGAUCUAGAGGUCCAAGUUGCCGGAGCAGGCAUGAACUUGCCCAAUGGCGGAGCCCUCGGCGGCAGAGCCUUCUAUACCCAAAGUUUGACACUUAACAAGCCUCUCACCCUGAAGCAAGCCCAGAUUCUCUUUGAGAAUACAGCCCUGGCCUUCAAUCGCACCGACUUGACUAGAUUUGGUUACUUGGACUUGUGGGGAGGCAGCGUUUCGAACAAGAUCUCCGAUUCAGACACCGCCUAUGCCCAUGGCAAGAACCUAUGGCUGAUCCGCUGGGACGCCAACUCUCUCAACCCUCCCAGCUACCCUGCCGAUGGUAUCGCUUACAUGAGAGGUCUGAUGAAGCCUUUCGAAGAUGCUCUGGUCAAGAGCGGUCAGAAGCUCCGUGGUUUUGUCAACUAUGCUGAUAGCGAGCUUACGGAGAAGGAAUGGAGCUCUCGCCUUUAUGGAGCCAACUAUGAGCGUCUUAAGAAGAUCAAGGCUCGUGUUGAUCCUGAGGGUCUGUUCACUAACCACAAGCAGUCUAUUCCUGCUCCCAAGUAG